AAAGUUAAAGAAUUGAUCGGUGAUAUUGGCAAACACUUGACGGAUGAAAAGCUUUACAAGAAAGAAGAUAUUGCAGAGGUCUUGAAUCUCCAACCCACUGAUUCAUUUGUCAAGUUUCUCAACAGCAUCCUAUCGAAAUUCAAAAAUCGAAAGAAUCAUAACAAGCUCUUGCAACAAUUUUAUGGCAAAACAAAUGCUUACUGGGAAGAAUACUUUCACCCGUGUAAGGCCCAGAAGAUUGUAUUCCUGAUGCUUAUUCAUCUUCCUGAACGUCUGGUUGCAUUCCUGGAAGACAGCCAAGAUAAAUCAAGUCCUAAGGUAUAGAAUAUAUAUUGCAAUUUAAACAUUGGUACUUUACUAUAACAGUAAUAGGGGCCUGUUUAUCAGUAUGAUCCCGGCCAGGCGGGAUGGGAUGCUUACUGAGAUCCCGCUCGUAAUACAAAUUCUAAUUUCUAAAGAGUGUUUAUAUGAUCCUGUCACUUAUCCCGCCUAGACGGGAUCUCGGCAACAGAUGCCGGGGAUCCUGCCUAAACGAGAUGAAAAAUUCCUAUAUAAACACUCCAUCCCAGUUGAACUUUUCCCUUUUGAGCAUGCAGAAAUGCCUUUAUUGCAACAAAAAUAUGAAGUCAAGCACUUAAAUGGCUUCAUCCUGGCAAUGUAUUUUGUCCAUAUAGACACUAGGCGAGUUUCCCAUCUAGGUGGGAUGAAAACGUUCCAUCCCACCUGGCGGGAUCACAUAAACAGGCCCUAAGAGAGCCUCUGGCAACCAGGGUGUUUAAAGAGGACAGCUACUGCAUUUAGAAAAUAGUUGUUAAGAUCUAAAGACAAUGAAGGGAGAUCUCAUACAAAUCUCAUAUUAAAAGUAUACUUAUUUUUAAUUUCAGAAGAAAGAUCAUGUAUCUUUAUCAUCUGAGGAGUCUGGUCCCUUAUAUUUAGCAGGUUAUAUUAUAUGCUCGCUUUACCAGAAGAGCAAGAACUGCCAACAGUGUAAUUCAGCCCGAAAUAAAGAAAUUCAGGCACUGAUGCUGUGUAUGAGAGUUGAUACUGAGCACAACCUGUAUAUUGCUUCAAUUUCAAGAGGUGGACUCUGGUCACCCCAUCCAUGGAUUGUGAUCAUAGCUGAGGCAUGUGAAUUGACAUUUAGAAACAGUACAAAUGAAGAAAUGAUCACACAUCUUCCAGCUGAAACAAUGGUAAACGAAGUCUUGUCUUCGGCAUCUGUUAAUGGCCUAUGGGACAACAUUGUCGAAAAUUGUGACAUUCAGAUUUCCAAAGAAUGGAAGUCAUUGUGUUUGGAAAAUUUUAUCAAGUUGUAUAUAAGAGUUAGGUGUUUUUCAUUUGCAAAAGACAUUGUUCAAAAGACAUUGAAGAAGAAAGCUCUGCGAAAAGAAUUGAAGAAAGA